AUGGGUCACCCCGAUGAGAUUAACGCUCUCGAGGCGCAGCCGGAUUACAUUGACAACUCGGACAACAUGAAAGAAGGUGAACAGGAUGCGCCGGUUCAACUUCGUAGAGAGCUCAAGGCUCGUCACAUUUCUAUGAUUGCGAUCGGUGGUGCCAUUGGUACUGGAUUGAUUGUUGGUACCGGAAGCGCAUUGACAGCUGGUCCUGGAUCGUUACUUAUUGCAUACUGUUUUAUGGGUCUCAUCGUUUGGACAGUUAUGUGUGGACUGGGUGAAAUGGCUGCUUGGCUACCAUUGUCCUCCGGCUUCACUGGUUACGCCGGCCGUUUCUGUGACCCUGCUCUUGGAUUCACCCUCGGAUGGUGCUACUACCUCAAAUAUAUCAUUUUACCCCCUACGCAACUUACUGCCGCUGCCCUAGUGAUUACCUAUUGGCCCAAAACAUCAGCAGAGAAUGUUAAUCCGGGCGUUUGGGUUGCAAUUUUCAUGGUGGUAAUCAUCGUGAUCAAUUACUUUGGUGUGAAGUUUUUCGGUGAAUUGGAAUUUUGGCUCUCGUCAUUCAAGGUCAUUAUCAUCUUGGGAAUUAUUCUGUGCUCUUUCAUCUUCGCCAUGGGUGGCGGCCCAGACCACGACAGGAGAGGUUUCAGAUACUGGAAUGAACCCGGCGCGUUCGCCACUAAAUAUACUGAUGGUGGGCUUGGAAAGUUUCUCGCGUUUUGGUCUACGAUGGUGCAGGCCACCUUUGCAUUCCUUGGUACCGAACUCAUCGGAGUGACAGUCGGAGAAGCUCAGAACCCUCGAAAGACGAUCCCUAAGGCCAUCAAGCUCACCUUCUGGCGAAUUCUUGUGUUCUAUAUCCUCAGCGUACUUUUCGUCGGUAUGCUGGUCCCAUACGACUCCCAAGACCUGGCUUUCGCUACUAAGGCUAAGAGCUCCGCUGCGGCCUCACCCUUCGUGGUUGCAAUGAAGCAAGUCGCCGCUCUUCCCCACAUUAUUAACGCCUGCAUUUUGGUCUUUGUUCUUUCUGCCGCCAACUCUGAUCUUUACAUUGCGACUCGAACUCUGUACGGUCUUGCUCGCGAGCAUAAGGCCCCUAAGAUCUUUGCUCGCACUAACUCAGCUGGUGUCCCGAUCUAUGCUUUGGCGCUAUCGGCUUCCUUCUGUUUGCUCGCCUUCAUGAGUGUUUCCAGUGGUUCUAAGGAGGUUUUCGGAUACUUCACUGACAUGGUCUCAAUUUUUGGAUUGUUGACAUGGAUCUCCCUCUUGAUUACUCAUAUCUUCUUCAUUCGUGCCCGCCGCGCACAAGGUGUCGAUGAGUCAACACUAGCCUACAAAGCUCCCCUUGGAAUCAUCGGCUCCUCUAUUGCGCUCUUUUUCUGUGUACUGGUCGCAUUUACCCGCAGCUUCGGUGUUUUCAUCCACAACCCGGAAAAAUACGGCAACUUUGACUAUAAGACCUUUAUCACUUCAUAUCUCGGAAUCCCACUUUACGUCAUGGCAUUUACUGGGUGGAAAUUCUUCAAGAGGACUGAGCUUAUCAAGCCCUCCGAUGCCGAUAUCUGGACUGGAAAGUCUGAGAUUGACCGCGAAGAGGCCGAAUAUGAGGCCAUGAUGAUCAUCGAGAAUCAGAACUUGGCUGGUUGGAAGAAGGUUUAUAGAAAAAGUCUCGCGUGGCUUUUCUAG